AUGGAGAUACAUCUAAUUACGAUUGGGAUAGUGGUUAUACGUGCCAUCAACUUGGUUCGGGAUCUAUUUUAGUACAAUUAGGCCAGCCAUAUAUGAUAGGAUCAAUGCGAUUACUACUUUGGGAUUGUGAUGAUCGCUCCUACUCAUAUUAUAUAGAAGUAUCAGGCAAUUCCUGGAAUUGGGUAUCAGUCGCUGAUAAAAGCGAAGAAACCUGUAAAUCUUGGCAGACGAUACGUUUUGCGCCCCGUCCAGUAGUUUUUAUAAAAAUAGUAGGUGUUCACAAUACUGCAAAUGAGGUGUUUCAUUGCGUUCACUUGGAAUGUCCAGCGCAAGUAGAUGAUAAGAAUUCAAAAUCGCCAACGGACAAAGAAGCACAAACGUCAACAUCAUCGGACGGGUGUCCAGCUAUCCUUGAAUGUUUUUGAAUCCUGGAACAAUCCUGGAAUUUAAUGUAUCUUGAAAAAUUCCUACAAUUUCAGGACUGAUUUGAAAUUUUUGUCAUUCUUUCGUUGAAAAAAAUUGGAAAAAAGAAAGAAAUAAGAAAUAUUUU